AUGAAGGAGAUCGAAGAAUCUGCAGGAAUUUGCGAGAUCGUUGCGACCGUCGUAGUCGUCGUGGUGCUGAAGUUGGGGGUCGUCGCAUUUCCUUCGUUCGUGGAAUCGUGCGCUCGCGAAAAAAAAAGGGGGGAGCGCUCGCAGCACGAUCUCGAUCUGAGCGAAAGAGAAAUCGAAGAAGUUGAGAGAAAGAAAGAAUCUUACAGCCAGCAGCUCGGACGAUGGUGCCGAAAGCUGGAGAAAGAAGGUUAUGGGUUAUGGGUUACGGUACGGGGGAGGCAGGCAGAGAUUUCCUCGUCUACGAAUUUUGCGAACCUGGGUUGCUCCAGAGUUGGAUGCAAACCCAGCCAGCGUCUCCGCGCUGGCUCGCAUUCUUCUGCGUUACCGCUCUCCUCCAGAUUUGAGCCAAUAUUCCUGUUGCGUGCUUGCGUUGCUCCUGCUAUGCUAUGCACUGCUAUGAACGAGGGGUAUAUCCUUACAAGUAGUAUACAGCAACGGUAUUAUUACAUAUCAUUCAUCAAUCCUUCCCAAUCUUCAUCACGAAACGGGCCUUCCGAUCUAUCCGUAGAUCUAGAAGCCUCUUUCUUGGUUGCGUGCUGCAUCUCGGUCACCCCCAGUUGGCGCAGGCAGGCGAUCGAUCCAUUCGGGACCUCAGGACGAGCUUCCGCUGUCAAGCAGGAGGGGAAUUGGCCGCGCGCGGCGGCGAAGGAAAAUGGCCGAAUCUGGCCUGCGUGCUGGGUCCGUCGACCCAUCUUUGGUGUGCCUUGUGAGUGGAUGGUGGUGGAGAGGAGUUCUGUUUUUUCAGGAGGGGAGGGAGGAACUUUGGAAGCGGCGAGAGGGGAUGGCUUGCUUCAACGUUCUGCUCCCGCUGUGGGUGACGAGGCGGUGCUAUCGACGGGUGUUAAUAACGGGUUUGAUAGGCCGCUUCCAUAUCUGGGUCCGUAUGGGACGGGUGGAUGGUAAUAGUAUCCCAGGUCCUGGAAGUGUGUUGAACUUUGUUUGAAUCACGGGAAACGCAAAGCUUAGUGAGUUCUGCUAUAUUGCUCCUCCUCCUCCCCAGGCCCCACCUCCGUCAAGCGUUGAGCGUCGCAUAUAAUAGCAGAUUACUGGAG